AUGUCUCUGCCCCUGAUCCUGCUGUCGCUGAGAUCCACUAGCAAGAUGGCAGAGUCUGGGGGCCUUGCUCUGUCCAUCUCAUCUCUUCCAGACAAACCACAGGUGCUCCAGUUCGUUGAUUGGGUUCUUCGGGGCAUAUCCCAAGUGGUGUUUGUCAGCAACCCCAUCAGUGGAAUCCUGAUUCUGGUUGGACUCCUGGUCCAGAAUCCCUGGUGGGCUCUCAGUGGCUGUGUGGGAACAGUGGUCUCCACCCUGACAGCCCUAUUGCUUGCCCAGGACAGGUCCGCAAUCGCCGCAGGACUCCAGGGCUACAAUGCCACGCUGCUGGGAAUCCUCAUGGCUGUCUUUUCAGACAAGGGCAACUAUUUCUGGUGGCUGUUAUUCCCUGUGUCUGCUAUGUCCAUGACUUGUCCAAUUUUCUCAAGUGCGUUGAACUCCUUGUUCUGCAAAUGGGACCUCCCCGUCUUCACGCUGCCCUUCAACAUGGCAUUAUCAAUGUACUUAUCGGCCACAGGACAUUACAAUCCAUUCUUCCCAGGCAAAUUGUUCAAACCCGUGACCGCGGUUCCCAAUAUCACCUGGUCUGACCUCAGUGCCCUGCAGUUAUUGAAAUCGCUGCCCGUGGGUGUGGGCCAGAUCUACGGCUGUGAUAACCCGUGGACAGGGGGCAUUUUCCUGGUCGCCCUUCUGCUCUCCUCCCCACUCAUGUCCCUGCAUGCUGCCAUCGGGUCGCUGCUGGGGAUAGCAGCAGGACUCAGUGUCUCGGCACCAUUUGAGAACAUCUACCUUGGACUCUGGGGUUUCAACAGCUCUCUGGCCUGCAUUGCAAUUGGAGGAAUGUUCAUGGCUCUCACCUGGCAAACGCACAUCCUGGCUCUUGCCUGUGCUCUGUUCACGGCCUACCUUGGAGUCAGCCUGUCCCACGUGAUGGCUGUGGCGGGAUUGCCGGCUUGCACCUGGCCCUUCUGUUUGGCCACAUUACUUUUCCUCUUGGUGACCACGAAAAAUGCCAACAUCUACAGGAUGCCCCUCAGCAAAGUCACUUAUCCUGAAGAAAACCGCAUCUUCUACCUCCAAGCCAAGAAAAAAAGGAUGGUUGAAAGCCCUUUGUGAGGGCAAGCCCCACCCACAGCCCAGGUCCCAAGGGGGGACUGACCGACUGCCCCAGGUGACUCCCAGGGUCUCGGCAAACUGCUGUUUUUCAUUAGCAACAACAUUCACACUGCCCCAUUGGCAAUCUGCUCUUAGGCUCAUUUCUGUGGCUUCCUCUUAGACUCCAGGAACACCCCCAAACAUGUGAGAGACGCAUCCAGAUGGUCUGCCCUGGUGGGGCGCUGGUGCUAGACAUGUAAUCUAUUCAUAAAGUCAAACGCUCCAACAGGAAGAAGACGUGAGACCAGAGCUUGUUAUUUAUUGAUAUUCUUGGUGUUUGGUUGGCUACAUGAUGUUAACAGUAUUAAAAAUUAAGCUCUACAAACCAACGAAGGCUUCAGUGAAUGGACUUCAUGGUCCCAAAAUCAAAGUCAACCCAGCAUUCUCCGAUAAGCAGUUUGACUUGUUUAAAAUCAAUACAAGUUAUGCGGGACAGCUGUGGUGCCCACAGCUCGUUCUCCAGCUCCUGGGCAGAAGGGCCUGGAUGCUGCCCUGUGUGUGUGCGGCGUUCUCCUACAAGGAGAUGGUUGAUUCUUUCCCGCUGACACAGCUCUAGGAGGGAGAAAGGGGUUUUAUCAGUCAAAAUUAUUUUGUAGUGUUAUUUUUCUUAGGACAUCGCAAAGGAUGUUUUAAGUAAAGUUUAUGAUCUUUUUCUUAUGAGAAUGGAUUUGUUUUUUCAAUGAGGUAAAUUAAGAGAAGUUCCUGGCCUCACCAGUUCCUAGAUAUUAACGAAAAGUUACAUUUUUAUAAAAUACUUGGCAUAGCCAUUUUUACUUUAAUCCCCAAGUUGAUUUCGUAAAUGCCAGGAAUGCAUAGAACCAAGUUAUCAACAUCCAAGGCCCUUUAAAACCACAUUUGCAAUUCAUCUGAGGAUGUCUUAUAUCUUAUAAAGACUGAAAGUGAAGGUCAGAUUGUUUCUGGGUGCUUGGAAGUUGUUGAGUUUCUUACUUUAAAAAAAAAAAAUCAUCAUUUUCUGCAGGCUCACAAUAUCCUCACUCAGAAACCUGACAAGACAUACCGGUAAAGGGUUCUCCUGUUUUGUUUUGGUUUGGUUUUUUGUUUGUUUUAAUCUUAAAGUUAUCAGUCCUAUAAACAUUCUAUAUACCCAAACAUGCUGAGGAUGCCGUGGAAAGUUCCGCUCACUACCUUCUACUUGAGUCUAUAUCAGUUCAGUAUUUUGGAGGAUUCAAAAAGAGAAAUCGUGAAAGCCUAAAGGCUUUUUUUCCCCUUUGGGUUUCCAGCGCUCAGGGCAAAACACAAAGUGUGCUGCACAAAUAAACAGAAGAGGGGAAGGAAACCUACAAAUACCUGGGGAGAAGUCCACUUCUUCCUUUUCUCAGGAACACAAACAUUGUUCCAAUUUAACAACCCUGUAACCAAAGCCUUUUGAAGCCCUGAAUUUGCAACUGUCAUAGAGUCAUGUGCAUUCCUGUGGAAAAACUAGAUUUUCAUUGUUCGGACAGAGAUCUCCCUUGUUAGGGAAUUUGUGAGAUAAGAUUUGGGGGGGGGGGUCGGGGGAAGGACACAAAAAAGCAAGCAGAACCAAAGAUAACCAGGAGGGAAGAACCUGGGCCGUGGUUGAGCGAACCAGAGCUUCUAACGUGUCUUCAGGCCCAUCUUCACGAGGAGCUCUAGAGUGUUCUCUGUGCCUUCACCUGGUGGGCUCACAGAGACGUGUAGAUAGGAACAUUCUAAAGCCUUGUACAUUGUCUAAUUUAAAUGGUAUUAAUUUUCUCAAGCUAUUUUUGUUACUAAGUAUUAUCCUGAAAUGAAGUGAGUAAUUUGUUAGUUUUCUUAGGGAUCACUUGUAUUCUUUCCUAUUGUCCGUAUAACCAAUUUCCAAUUAAGAAUAUGAAUAAAAUUAUACUCACAACUCA